AUGGCGGACGAGGACUUUAAAAAUUGGCAAUCUGUUGAUGUCACCACAUCAGAAGAACAUUACCGAUACAAAAUGGAGCAACACAAGGUCGGUCUACGUCCGAAAACGUUGUAUCGAAUGCGAAUUACUGCCAAAAAUCAAAUUGCUGAAAGUGAACCCACCGAAGUACUUGAAUUUGAAACAACUCAAGGAGAAUUUCCGGUGCCGACAGAUGUACAAGUCGAGGUUCUGAAAGACAAUACGGUGAUUGUUACCUUUACAGCUGUUAAAGAUCCCGAAGAUCAUUCCAUCUAUAUUCAGGAUUAUGACGUUUUUCUAUCUGCAUCCACCGAUGCUCUGGUUGCGCAGUUCUUCCACGUGACUAUCGCCGAAAAGACAUUCGAUCCGAAUAACGCACAGAUAACGAUGAAAAUAGCACCAAAGGAACUCAAUACGAUGACUCAGUACUGGGCUAAAGUGCAAGCACGUAUUCCGAACCGGCAGAUUCAAGCCAGUAAACCGAAACGAUUCCAAACUGAAUUUCCACCAAUUGUUCGAAUUCGUCAAGGAGAUCGUAUAAAGCGAGAACCGAGUCGAACCAUGCGACUGCAUUUAGAGUGUGAUGCCGAUGGACAUCCUCGACCGAUAAUUUCGUGGUUAUGGAAUGGUCAACGAAUCGAAGAGAACAAUCACUACUGGAAGAUAACCGAUAUCACCACAGAUCCAGUUCGUAACAUGCACAAAGUCAGCUCUCGAUUAGCUGCAUCGAACGUUUCACGUUCGGGUAUGAUCUCAUGCGAAGCGAUCAAUAACAAGGGUUAUGCAGUCAUCAAUACAAGUAUCGUUGUGACUGGGCCUGGAAGUGCUGUUCGAAAUAUUAUUCCGAACCAAAAUAUGCUCAAUAUUUGUUGGCAAGAACCUGAGAUUACGAAUGGCAAAAUCCACCAUUAUCUGAUUUAUAUGACUACAUCACCGAGCGAUGAUCUCAAUGAAUGGCAAAAGAUUGAAGUGAUCGCUGAGAAGAAGUGCAUUAUAAUUGAUAAAGUAGAACCAAACACCAACUAUACAUUCAAAUUCCAAUCGGCAUCUGAAUUCGGUUAUGGUCUCAUUUCGGAUGCGUUCACUGUCAAUUCUGGCAAAUUGUAUAUUCCACUGGACGUUCACAUCAAACUGAUUGAUUUCGAAUCACAUAACAGUACUGAAUAUACCGUUGAACCAGGCACAACUAUUCGAUUUCACUGCAUAGCCAGGGGCAAUCCUCAACCGUCAAUUGUUCAUUUCUGGACAACUGAGGGUAUUCAGGACGAAGAGUUCGGCACAGAUGCGGUAUUCUUCGCCAAACUCAACCAACUCGAUAAAUACACAGUGGAUUCAGUGGAGAGUGUAACAAGCACUCAUACGACGCGUGAUCUUGUGUGUGAGGCACGAAAUGAACAUGGGCACGUUCAACACAGAAUACGAUUCAAUGUCUACAAACCUGGGAGUGCACCUCGAUGCAUUCAAUACGUUGUUUCACCCAGCAAUCAGAUCACGAUAUCCUGGAAGAAGCCGUCGCUACCUAAUGGAAUUAUUACGUCAUAUUUGGCAUAUAUAACGCAAAAGCGAAGUAAUUCGUUACGAGACUGGAGAAGAAUUGUGAUUGAUUCGAAUCGAAGACGUUUCUCGUUUGUGGAGGGUGAGCUCGAGUUCAAUUCAACGUACUUUUUGAGAAUGACCUCAGCAAAUGAGUAUGGUGAAGGCGUGCUUUCGGACGGUUAUAUAUUCUACUUCACGAGAAGUGUGCGCUAUUCCGAGUAUGAAUACCGUAAAUGGCAGAGUGUUGAAAUAACGAAUAUUUCACCGCUCAUAGACCAGUAUAUACUGAAUGGAAAGUCGAUUGGACUGCGCCGAGACUUGAACUAUCGUUUAAGAAUGAGUGCUUGGAACGGGAUCGGUGAAGGUCCAGUGAGCGAAGUGACUUACUUCAAGACGAGAAGUGGAUUAUUCAAAGCUCCAGAAGAUAUCAAAGUGAGGACUGAUCAGAACGGUGAUGUGUUAGUGCAGUUUAACGCGGUUCACGAUAGAAGAAAUGCGCGAAACAUAACACUGGUCACGGUAAUUCACUGUAAUCCAUUUAUGCCAGUGAUUCAUUCGCUCAAUGGAAUAACCAAACUUUAUCGUGAAGCAGCUUGA